GGUCGGUGCCGUUCGCCUGAGACUCCAAGUUGGCCGUCUUUUGCGGCCCCCGGUUAGAUUAUCCGAAUUCGGUACUUCGCAGGUCAUGGUACGAGUAACCGUAGAUUAUGGGAUCGUGUUAAGCUUUCCACGUCAUCCUCGCUUGUCCACGUACACGUCCCUGACACGAUUGGCAUCGGAAAUUGGACAUCCCAAGGCUCGGCCUGUCAUGAUUGACCUCCGCCCCCGACUUGCUAGUUGCAUCCGUGCAUUCCUUAUGGUGGCGUGGGACAUACCCACGCCGGUUUCACCCUACGACCCAACUCCGCCCCAUGCGCCGCGUCCCUGCUUCAGGGACAGGAGCUCCGCACCACAUGUAAACUCCCUGUAACCACCAGGACCUGUAGAUCUUUGUGAUGGCCCAAAAGUCUACACCACACGACCAACAAAGAUACCCUCAGUUCAUCGACAUGCCACCGUCACCGCCAUCCGACCAACGCCGCUACGUCCCCCUAACUCCCUCCCCUCUCAACCCCAACACCUAUCUCAACGCCACCAAGCCCCGGCAGCAGCACCAGCAGCAACAACAACAACAACAACAACCCGCUGUCAGGACAAAACCACCAAACGACAACCCAUCCAGCCUCCCCCAGCAAUACGCCGCCCUCGCCCACGCAAGCCCAACCGAACGCCUCGUCCGGCAAAAAGCCGCCGCCGCCUGGCGCUGCGAGACAUUGCGGCAUUACGUGCUAUUGAAACCCCAGCCCGGCGCUGAGGACCCCCGACAGCACCACCACCUGAUCGACUUUGCCAUCACCCCGCCCACCCCGACCGACAACCACCACAACAACCAUAACCACAACAACCACAACCACAACCACCACAACCGCAACAGCAGGAGCCCAUCCCCCAACCUCGAACGUUCCCCGACACCCCCCUCCCGCUCCCCGAGUCCCCAACCAACCGGUUCCCCCUCUCCCCAGCAUCCCCACAACCCAUCAUCACCCCCGCAUCUCUGGCCCUCCCCACCAUCCCCCUACGCCGAUACCGAGACCGACGCCAACACGGACGAUUUGACAGGGGACAUCGGGUUAGGGCUAGGGAUAGGGAUACCUCGACCCGGGUUUCGGGAUAGUGACGGUGGGGAUGGUGAGGGUGGGUCCUUCCCGCUGACCUCGCCGCUGCUGUCGCCUGCGUUUUUGCUGCUGGGGGAGGCGUCAUCUGGUUCCGGGUCGGGAUCGGGGUCAGGAUCGGGGUCGAGGGGGAUGGUGUUGCCGUUGCAUGCCGGUUCGGGGGCGGUGAAGCAGCGGGCGGGGAGGCGAAGGGUUGGUGGUGUUGGUAAGGAUGGCGGUGGUGAUGGUGGUGGUGGGGGGGUUGUUGGCGUGCGGCGGGUGCUGGUGGUGGUGACGCUGUUUCUGGGGAUGGCGUUGGUCCAUGGGUUGGUGAGCGCGUUUGGGAGCGGCGGUGGUGGUGGUAGCGGUGGUGGUGGGAGGCCUCCCCCUUCUCCGGCGGAGAGGUGA